GUCAGCGGUGAUUUUAUGUACGCUGACCAGCAUUUUACGCAUUCACGUAAUUGUAGCAAAAAAAAAUUAAAAUACGGUCACGUACUUGUAGCCACUUCGAUUCGCAUGGAUCGUUGUUUCAUCAUGGCUGCCGCACUUGUAGACAUACAGCAAUCCGGAUUUAAUUUUGAAAAUUGUACAAGAAAUCAACGACUUGAAAAGGAAUUGGUAGGCAAUCUUAAGAUUCCAGCAGCUAGAAAGACUGGUACCACUAUUGCGGGAAUCAUAUACAAAGAUGGUGUUGUUCUUGGUGCGGAUACACGAGCUACAGAUGGAAAUACAGUUGCGGAUAAGAAUUGCUCUAAAAUACAUUACAUAUCUCCAAAUAUUUAUUGCUGCGGUGCUGGGACGGCUGCUGAUACAGAAUACACUACACAAAUUAUAUCUGCUAACAUUGAGUUACAUCGAUUAGAAACACAAAAAAAGCCAAGAGUUGCAACUGCAUGCAGGUUGUUAAAGCAAUACCUUUAUAGAUACCAGGGUCAUAUAGGAGCUUAUUUAGUUUUGGGUGGCGUUGAUGUGACUGGACCUUGCUUGUACACCCUAGCUGCACAUGGCAGUACAGAUAAACUACCUUUUGUUACCAUGGGUUCUGGCUCCUUAGCUGCAAUGGCAGUAUUCGAAAAUAGAUACAGACCAAAUUUGGAGUUGGAAGAAGCAAAAGAAUUAGUGCGACAGGCUAUUCAUGGUGGAAUUUUCAAUGAUUUGGGUUCUGGUAGCAAUGUCGAUUUAUGUGUAAUCACGAAGGACGGUGUGGAUUACAUUCGACCGCACGAUGAACCGAACAAAAAAGGUGUUCGACAACGCUCGUAUAAGUAUCCACACGGUGCGACUGAAGUUCUCACUACAACUGUUGUAAAGUUUGAUGUCGAUGAAGAAGAAGAAGCAAUGGAGACUUCAUAGUUUAGAAAUCUUUGUCACGUGGAUAAAGGGUUUUCCCAGUCUUAGCAUGUUUCUUUUGUAACCUUGUACUGUAAAGAAAAUAUUGUCUCCUGAA